GUGUCGCGUGAGAAAGACAAUGACGAAUGCGGAAGUGUUUAUGUUGUAUGUUGGUUUAGUGGCUUGUAGUGAAACAAAAUGACGGAGUCCAAAGCUAAAAAUAUUAGCGCCAUUCCAAUCGAUGGAUUCAGCAAUGUUCGCAUCACAUCAUUAUGGAGCUUUCUACAGUCUGUUGACUGGUCUGAGCCCUGGCUGAUUUGUCUGCUGGCCUUCCAUGUCUUUUGUUUUGCGUUCACCAUCCUGUCCUGCAAAUACUACCGCAUUCAGAUCUGUCAUUUUCUCUUGAUGGUCACAAUGGUUUGCAGUGCAGAAUACCUGAAUGAGAUGGCAGCCAUGAAUUGGAGGUCUUUUUCAAAGUUCCAAUACUUUGAUUCCAAAGGAAUGUUCAUAUCACUAGUAUACUCUGUCCCGCUCUUGCUCAACACUAUUAUUAUUGUGGCUGUGUGGGUAUGGAGGACCUUCUCAACCAUGACAGAAUUGAAGAUUCUGCAGUUAAAGAGAAAAGCUGCCAGAGAGAACCACAAGAAAACCGAAUAGAAGACAUGCACCAUUUCCUAAUGUUAUAAAGUCCAGAGGUGGAGGGUACAUAUGGUGUUAGUAUGAGGUGAAAAUAAGUUGUGGUGAAGGUUCUUAAGUGUUUAUUUCAGAUUGCUGAUGGACGAUUACUUCACCUGCUAGCAAAAGCUCCAUGGAACAUGUUCUUCUGAAAAAACCUAUUGGACAAAGCCAUCAACUGUAUUAUGCAACUGCUUUGUGUACAUAUUAAUAGAUCAUUCCAGAGCUUGGUAUUGCUUAUUUGUUUAUUAUUAACAUUGAAUGGAUUCUAUAAAACUCCCUGUUUUCGAGUGCCGAACAUGUAAAUUGUGUAUUUAUGGCAAUAAACUGAAUGUUUUUUUUUUUUUUAUAGAAA